AUGAAAAAAGUUAAAAAUUUUUUCAGAAAAAUUUUUAAGGGCUCUGAAAGUGAAGAUUCUUAGAAUUAAAAUAAAGAAAAACAAUAAGUAAAGUAAAAAUUUGAAAGUUGUUAAAUAUGCCUUAAUGAGUACAUUGAUAAGAAUGUAUGUUGCUAAAAUUGUCAACUGUGUUCUACUUGUUUAGACUAGUGGUUCAGUUAGUAAAUAAAAGACUAAAUUGGUGAUCCUUAAUCUUAACUUUCUAAUGUUAAGGUAUCUUGCCCUUCGUGCAUGAAAGAUAUUUCUAUAGGACUUUUAAAAAAAUUUCAAAAAAUAUUUAGUAACUCGAUUGAUGCUCUCACUCAUUUUUCUCUUAAAAAAGAUGAUUCCUAUAUCGUAUGCCCUUCUUCAACUUGUAAGAAUAUAGGAUGGGUUGCUAAUUAAUAAUGCAGAUCAGAUUUUAGCUGUACUGCUUGCAAUUAUUAGUGGUAAAAUCCUAAUAAAAUAAGCUUGACGAAAAUGGUUCUUUAAAUUUUCAGUAAAGAUUUUAAAUCUAGAUUAUUUAAAUUCAUAUUCACGAAAAACUGUCCAUACUGCAAUACAUGUAUCUAAAAAAAUGGAGGAUGUAAACAUAUGACAUGUGGUAAAUGUAAGAAAUCAUUUUGUUGGAAUUGCAAAUUACCAAUUCAUAGUAGUUUUAAUCUAAUUUGCACUUUAAUUUGUCUCUUUAAAGCUUUGACAUUGCUUGGACCACUAAAUUUAAUUUUAUAUAAAUGCAACUUCUAUAACUAUUUAUUUUCAUCAUUAGCAAGUUGCUUUAGUCUGAAUUAUUUAAUCUUAUAAUUUGGGAUCUUAAGCGUAUUUUACUUUUUCUUUAGAUGCGUUUAUUAAGUAGCACUUAUUAUCAUCUUUUUUAUUAUUUUUGGGUCAAGAUAAAAAUUAGCUGGAUUAGUUCUUUUAUUUUUCGAUUUGGUUUUAUGGUAUUACUUUACUAGAUGGAUUGAAGUUUUUUAUUUUCUUAUGUUUGGUUUCUAAGCUGGGAUUGUUUUUCUUUUCUAAAUAAAAUGA